AUGGCUGCGGCUGCAAGGCCUUCAAAGCGGAAAGCCUCCGCUGAGCCUUCGACCUUGCCCGGGAAAUUCAUCGCUGGGGCCGACGUUCGCUUGGUGGGGCUCGAGUCCUGCGCGGACCUCAAUGGUCAGCAGGGGCAGCUUCUGUCCUUCCACGUCGAGCGUGGUAGGUGGCAAGUUCGCUUGGACUCGGGGGAGGUGAAGAAUGUGCGGGCCGAGAAUCUCGUGAACAUCUCGCAGGUGGUCUUGCAGGAGGAUGGGAAACCAAGCAAGGGCACCAAGGGCGCAUCGGCGCAGUGCUUGAAACCGCAAGCCACCCCCUUGCGAUCUGCAGCGAGAACGAGGGCUACAGGGAAGGCUGCGGUUGCACCCAAAGCGCUGGUGCAAAGGCGCUGCCUGUGCAUGCAAGUCUUCGGCUCUUGCGUCCUGAGGACUCAGGCUUCUCCGUCAGCCUUUGCCGUGCUCAAGUUCCAGCAUGGAGGGUGGUCUCUCACCGGAUGCGGCAGCGAUCAGGAGGUUCAGGAACAGGUUGAGAACGAGCUCGACGGCUUGUCCGCGCGACUUGAUGUCGUGGAGGGCCUGGAGAAGACGAUCCAGGCCCAGCUGCUGGGGGUGGAGGAACGGACCAGGUCCAGCUUAGACAACAAGGUGCAGGGCAUCAUGAGGGUGUUGGAGGAAAUACUGGAGGCUGUGAAGUGCAAGGCGGGUGCGGAGGUGCAGAUGUUGGGAGCCAGCGCGGAGGUGAAGCCUCCCGAGGUGUCUCCAAGAUUUGCGGAACUGCCGGCCCUCCCCUUCGGCAAUUCCACGUCCUUUCGGGAGGAGUCCUGCAUGGACGAGCUUUGCCAAGAGGAGUCUUCUGUGUGGCCAGGUGUGGCUACGUUCCAGUCGGAGCCUUUCCCAAGAAGCGAGUCGACCAUCCUCAGCGAUGUCGGUGGCGGUGUCCGGCAGGCUUCCAGUAUGGACAAGGUCCUGUCGGUCUCCGUCGGCAAGAAGAUCUACCGAAGGCACUUGCUCAGGCGUGUCAUGUGGUCUUGCCUGGAAGAUGACAGCUCUUCAAAGGCAGCUUGGUGCUACGGCUUCUGCAUGGACGUCUUCAUCGUGCUCUCGGUGCUCUUGCCCCUCUGCGAGUCUUCACAGAUUGGCGCAGCAGAUCUUGAUCCCGUGAUGGCCCACUUGUCCGCUCUCGACUUCGCGUUCGACAUGAUCUUCCUCCUCGAGCUUUGCUUCCGCUUUCUGGCUUGGCCAACCAUCAGCAACUUCUUCUGCAACGCCUACAACGUCAUCGACAUGUCUGUGAUACCCUCCUUGGGUAUUCGGCUCGCCUUGGGCGUGAUUAUCAGCCCUUCCUCCCAGGUGACGUGGAGCACCCUGCUGCUUUGCUUCUUCCCGGUCUUGCGGCUGCUGAAGCUUCUCAGGCGCUUCCAGACCUUUCAGGUUCUGCUGAGCGCCUGGUGGGCCGUCUUUGAGGCCUUGCCGAUGUUGAUCUUCGUUCUUGCAAUCAUCGCGCUGACCUUCGCGGGGAUUCUCUUUGCAGUGGAGCCCAGGACGAACAUAAACGACUGGGGAACCGCUCUGUGGCUGACGGUCGUGUCGAUGACCGGGCUGGGGUACGGUGAUCUUACACCCUCCACAUCGGAAGGGAAAGUCUGCGUCUCAGUUCUCAUCAUUACCAGCCUGCUCUACCUGUCCAUCCCCUUCGGGAUCUUGGGCAGUGCCUUUACCCUCGCGUGGAGCCAGCGCGUGGCAAUCAUGGCAGUCCGCAAGGUGCGCAAGCACCUUGCGAACCAUGGCUUCACGUCUGAGGACAUGAAGAAGCUCUUGGAACACUUUGACCUGGACCACGACUCAGAGAUGUCCCUGGUGGAGUUCCGCACAAUGAUCAACCAUGUCAUGAUAGGGUUCACAGAUGAGGAGGUCUGUGACUUGUUUGAAAGUUUGGACUUUCAGCAGCGCGGAUUGAUCCGUGCUGCUUCAUUCCUGACAAUCGUGUUUCCGCGUGAGUUUGAAGAGUGCCACCAAACUUACGUGCCGGCCCUCCGAAAGAAGCAUCGGCAUUUCUACUAG